AUAGUCUUUGCCAUACAAUUUUACAAACCAAAAAUAGAGCAAGUGAAAGUUCAUUGUCAUUUUUGCAGCAAAGAUUUCACCUCCCAUUUCAGCCACAAACAAAAUGACUCAGACAAAAGAAACUGGACCAUUCAAGGGAACAGCUGCCCCCGUAAAGCAACGCUAUUUUGAUCCUGCCCAUCAUGUUCCCUUUCCACUUGAUUAUCAACUUCAGCAGUUAGUCAAGAAGAUAAAGGGAAAAAUGGCGAGCAAACCAAAAGAAGGUGAUGAAUAUCAAAUCGAAGAGUUGGUUAUGAUUGAUGCCAUCCAAAGAUUAGGUCUUGAAUAUUACUUUCAAGAAGAUAUCAAUGCAGCAUUGCGAAAAUGGAGUAAAGUGGAAGAAGGUGGUCAUAACCUUCAUGAUGUUGCUCUUCGCUUUCGGCUUCUGAGACAAGCCGGAUACAAUGUGCAAGCAGAUACUUUUGAUAACUUCAAGAACGAAGAUGGGAAGUUUAAACAAGAACUAUGUAAAGACACUAAAGGAUUAUUGAGUCUUUUUGAAGCAUCUGAAUUGAACAUCCCAGGCGAUGAAAUACUGGAUGAAGCUGCGUAUUUCACUUGGAAUCUUCUAAAGAGUUCUUUGAGCAACAUUCAUGAAAAUGCUGCAGUAAUAAUAAAAACAACACUUAUAAAUCCACACCAUAAAAGCCUUCCAAGACUUACUGCGAAGAAGGAAUUACCCAACUUUGAAACUUCGCUAAAUUUCCUACAUGAUUGCUCGGACACACAAGAUUGGAUUAAGGAGAUACAAGAUCUAGCAAGAACUGAUAUCAACAAGGCUCAAAUCACUCUCCAAAGUGAAACAACUCAAAUUUCCAAAUGGUGGAAAGAACUCGGCAUGGCCGAGGUGUUGGAGCAUGCAAGAAACGAACCUAUAAAAUGGCAUAUGUGGUCCUCUGUUGCUCUUCCAAGUCAAGAUAUGGCAGAGCUGAGAGUAGAACUCACAAAAGCGAUAUCAUUUAUUUAUAUCAUUGAUGAUAUCUUUGAUGUAUAUGGAAAACUUGAGGAGCUCAUUCUUUUCGUAGAAGCUGUGAAUAGAUGGGAAUAUGCUGAUAUGAAUGGCUUACCAAACUACAUGAAAAUAUGUCUUAAGGCACUCUUUGACACUACAGCUGAGAUGAGCAAAAAAGUUUACAUUAAUCAUGGUUGGAAUGCCGAAGGUUAUCUACAAAAUGUGUGGUCGGAGUUAUGCAAUGCUUUCUUGGUUGAAGCAAGAUGGUUUGCUAAUGAGCGCUUACCGACUACUGAUGAGUAUUUGAAGAAUGGAUUAGUUAGUUCUGGAGUCUACGUUGUUUUUGGUACCCUUUUCUCCCUGUUGGGUGAAGCCAAACAUCUGUGGAACGCCCAUCCAGAAAUUGUAUCUGUAACGGGUACAAUUCUUCGGCUUUCGGAUGAUUUAGGGAGUGCAAAGGAUGAGAAUCAAGACGGGCACGAUGGGUCAUUUUUAGCUUGCUAUAUGAAUGAGCACGAUGGGAGCUCAGAUGAAAUUGCACGAGAAUGUGUUGUUGAGAUGAUUUCAGAUGCAUGGAAGCGCCUCAAUGAACAGUGUCUUUCUCACUCGCCGUUUUCAUCAGAUCUGAAAAUUGCUUUCCUAAAUUUAGCUAGAAUGAUUCCAGUUAUGUACUCAUAUGAUGACAAUCAUCGUCUGCCAGUCCUAGAGAAACACAUGAAGUCAUUGCUUUAUGAGGAAACCAACCACACCUUGUCUAUUAGCAAUGUUGGAGAAUUAUAAGUUAACAAAUUAACCUAAUUAAUGUAAUAGGGUUAUAUAAUUUUUUCUUUUUUAAGCACAAAUAAUAAUAAUAAUACAGUCAGAGUUGGGAUUCUAUUAGCAAACAAUACAACCUGUUCGAAUAUUAUCUAUAGUCUUAUAUGCACGCAAUGCGUGUGUCGAUUGUUUGGGUCUAGUUUUAAUAAAUUUCAUCAAAAUAUAAUUAUAGAAGUGUGAUUUAUAAUUAUUGUUAUACAAA